AUUAGUUACCUUAUCCUCUUGGUUCUUUUAGGAUAUAAUCCACUUUUUUAUCCACCAAGGAUAAAGACUAAUUCAUUCAUACACUGUUAGAUUCAAUGGAAAGAGCUCGCAGAGGAGGAGGAGAAAGCAAAAGAUGGAACAAGUAUGCUUUUGCUUGUUCUAUCAUAGCUUCAUUGAUCUCCAUUCUCAUGGGCUAUGACACGGGAGUUAUGAGUGGAGCAAUGCUUUUCAUCAAAGAAGAUCUCAAGAUCAACGACGUACAGGUAGAAGUCCUAGCCGGCAUCCUGAACCUCUGUGCUCUCGUGGGCUCAUUACUCGCCGGUAGGACCUCCGAUUGGAUCGGCCGCAGAUACACCAUUAUCCUCGCCUCAACGAUUUUCUUCGUCGGCUCAAUCCUCAUGGGGAUAUCUCCAUCCUACGCGAUCCUAAUGACCGGUCGUUGCGUUGCUGGCAUCGGAGUGGGCUACGCCCUGGUGAUCGCUCCCGUCUAUGCGACUGAGAUCUCAUCGCCCUCCUCUCGGGGAUUUCUCACGUCGCUACCGGAAAUUUGCAUCAGCAUCGGCAUCUUGCUCGGAUACGUGUCUAACUAUUUCUUCGCUAAGCUUCCUUUAAAAUAUGGCUGGCGGGCAAUGCUUGGCAUCGCUGCUCUUCCUUCCCUAGCCCUUGCCAUCGGGAUUCUGGCAAUGCCAGAAUCACCGAGGUGGCUCGUAAUCCAAGGACGGGUAAAGGACGCACGAGAAGUGCUGCUAAAAGUAUCCAACUCCAAGGAAGAAGCAGAAGCAAGAAUAUCGGAGAUCAAGGAUGCCGCUGGCAUAGUCAGCGACAGCAACGACGUUAUAACUUGUCGAACGACGAAUGCCAAAGGCGAAGGCGUCUGGAAGGAGCUCUAUCUAAGGCCUACGCCGUCGGUGAGGCGAAUAUUGGUCGCGGCGACUGGCAUACAUUUCUUCGAGCACGCCACCGGUAUCGAGGCAGUCGUGCUGUACAGCCCUAGAAUAUUCCACAUGGCAGGUGUAACUACAAAGAAAAAGCUGUUGCUCGCAACGGUGGGCGUCGGGGCGACCAAAACAUCCUUCAUAUUGGUAGCGUCUCUGUUGUUGGACAAGCUCGGGAGGAGGCCGCUCUUACUGACGAGUUUAUUCGGGAUGUUCGUGUCGCUAUCGGGCUUAGGGCUUGGGCUUACGAUGGUGGCCCAUAACCAUAAAUGGGCCAUCGCUUUGUCCAUUUCCUGCUUAUUGUCUAACGUUGCAUUCUUUUCUAUUGGGCUUGGCCCAAUUACUUGGGUUUACAGCUCUGAGAUUUUUCCUUUGAGGUUGAGGGCCCAAGGAGCUAGCUUGGGGGUGGCAGUGAACAGGGUGAUGAAUGGGAUCAUAUCCAUGACCUUUAUAUCUUUGUACAAGGCUAUUACUAUUGGGGGAAGCUUCUUUAUGUUUUCAGGGAUUGCAGUUUUUGCUUGGUUCUUUUUCUUCUUCUUUUGUCCGGAGACUAGAGGGGUGCCAUUGGAGGAAAUUGAGGGUAUCUUUCGCAAAGAGGGGUCUUCUAAUGAUAAGGCGGUGGAAUUAGAGGAAACGUGACGAGGGCCCGGACUAGUUGUGGAAUGGUGGAUAAGUAAGAAAGCCCAUUAUCGUUUCCAAUGUACUUGUAUAUGUUAGGGGAGGUUGAACUGUAAUAGAUGAAAAAUGUUAUCACUGUUAUGUUUGUUAGCUAUAGGACUUGGUUAAUGCGAGAUUCUUUUUUUUUUUUAA